AUGGCUGAAUUCUAUCCUUCAUUAACUCAAUGCGCCCUUGUGGCUGCUGCGUUUAAGAUCCUCUUGUUCCCGGCAUAUAAAUCUACCGAUUUUGAAGUUCACCGCAACUGGCUUGCGAUCACUCAUUCUCUCCCGGUUAAGGAAUGGUACUACGAGAAAACAUCAGAAUGGACCCUGGACUACCCUCCGUUCUUCGCUAGCCUGGAAUGGUGUCUUUCCCAGGUUGCUGCAUUCAUGGACCCGGAGAUGCUCAAGGUGCAGAACCUGAACUAUGACUCCUGGCAGACGGUGUAUUUCCAGCGGAGCUCGGUGAUUGUUCUUGAACUGAUGCUCGUCUAUGCUUUAAAUAGAUAUAUCAAGUCUGCACCAAACCAAGGAGCCAAGGAGCUGGCUCACGCCGCCAGCGUGUCGAUUCUUCUCUCUCCUGGCCUGCUUAUUAUUGACCAUGUUCAUUUUCAGUACAACGGGUUCUUGUACGGGAUCCUUAUCCUCUCAAUUGUCCUGGCACGGAAGCAGUCUACACUGCUAUACAGCGGUAUUACAUUUGCUAUUCUGCUCUGUUUCAAGCAUAUAUACCUCUAUCUCUCGCUAGCAUGGUUCGUCUACCUUCUAAGAGCCUAUUGUCUCCACCCAAGCUCCAUGUUCAGGCCUCAGUUUGGCAACAUUGUGAAGCUUGGAGUGGGGGUUGUGGGUGUGUUUGCUGCGGCUUUUGGACCAUUUGCAAAAUGGGGUCAGCUUUUGCAAGUCAAAGACAGGCUUUUCCCGUUUUCUAGAGGACUAUGCCAUGCCUACUGGGCACCAAAUAUCUGGGCAAUGUACUCCUUUCUAGAUCGAGUGCUCAUACUUGUUGCACCUAGACUAGGAUUACCUGUCGAUGCUGGUGCUUUGGCCAGUGUGACCAGAGGGCUAGUUGGAGACACUUCCUUUGCCGUUCUUCCGGAGAUUACCAAAGAGUAUACUUUUGGACUGACGUUUGUCUUUCAAGUCGUAUGCCUUGUGAAAUUGUGGUUCCAGCCCGACUGGGACACCUUUGUGGGAGCUGUGACAAACUGUGCCUUUGCUGCCUUCCUUUUCGGCUGGCACGUCCAUGAGAAGGCCGUUCUCCUUAUCAUCAUCCCGUUCAGUCUGUUGGCCCUUAAAGACCGACGAUAUCUGGGGGCGUUCCGCCCACUCGCAGUAGCUGGCCAUGUCUCUUUGUUCCCACUUUUAUUCACUGCUGCCGAGUUCCCCAUCAAAACAGUGUACACAAUCCUCUGGCUGGUGCUGUUCCUCUUCGUCUUUGGUCGCCUUGCGCCAGCCCCAUUGAGACCCCGUGUAUUCUUGCUAGAUCGAUUUUCGCUGCUUUACGACACCGUAUCGAUACCGCUGAUCGUCUACUGCUCGCUGGUGCACGGAAUAGUGUUUGGGAAGCGAUAUGAAUUCCUUCCACUAAUGUUUACCAGUGCGUAUGCUGCUGUGGGUAUCCUGGGGAGCUGGGCAGGGUUCAUGGUAGUCUAUUUCACAUCGUAG